ACCUAAAACUAUUGGUGAAAUGUUAGUUUCUCUACUCCAAUCCCUAUGUCUUGAAUUGAAUUAACAGAUCUAGAGCUAUAAGAUAUAUCAGCCCAAUUUUAAGUAUAAAUACAGCAAUUGUUAAUAUUACAUUCUACAGUGUCAAGACAAUGUCAUCUUGGGAAGAGUUUUACGCUAAAAGCUCAAAACCAUCAGAUCUGGAUAAAAACGAAAAUCUUUUGAAAAAAUUUGUAGAACACCACAUACAACAGAAAAAUUAUAUUGUUUUGGUCACGAGUGGAGGGACGACGGUUCCCUUAGAACACAAUACAGUGAGAUUUGUUGACAAUUUUAGUGCUGGAAAUCGAGGAGCAAUAUCAGCAGAAUAUUUUUUGGAUCAUGGUUAUGCAGUAAUAUUUAUGCACAGGACCAAGUCCUUGGAGCCGUUUUCUCGACAUUUUUCUGGACGUAAAAUUUUAGACAUGUUAAAUUUAUCCAUUGAAAAAGAUGUGCCUUCCAUAUCAGUUGCACCUCAAUACGUCAAUGAAACAGCCGUCAUUUUAAAAAAAUACAAGGAAGCUCUAGACAAAAAUAAACUUUUGCAAAUAAGUUUUACAACACUUUCUGAAUACCUUUGGCUGUUGCAAAGUACUUGUAAAACGUUAGCUCCGGUAGGAAAUCGAGCUGUUUUGUAUUUAGCAGCGGCUGUGUCAGAUUUUUACAUUCCCGCAAGUGAGAUGGCUGUACACAAGAUUCCAUCCGACGAUCCUCUAGCUAUUAAUCUUAAACUAGUUCCUAAAAUGCUCAAACCCCUUGUCAAUUCGUGGGUCCCUAAAGCGUUUGUAGUUUCUUUUAAACUUGAAACUGAUGAUGAUAUUUUAGUUUCCAAAGCUCUAGCUGCUUUAAAUAAGUACAAUCACAAUCUGGUAAUAGCCAAUAAUCUACAAACACGCAGACGGCGAGUUAUUGUUGUAAGUAAAAAGUGCUUUGAAACGUUAACGUUAAGUGAGAAACAGCGUAAAAAUGGUGAAGAGAUAGAGAAACUUAUUGUUUCUGAUCUUGUGGAGAAACAUCAAGAAUGGAUAUCAUCAGCUGAUUGAAUUGCCAAUUCU